UGCCAUGCGUCGCGAAUCUCGUCCGCUCCGUAUCACCGCACGGCGAGGCGCGCUCUGAACACGGACGAAACACGGUGGUGGCUCGGCUAGUCGGCUCGGCUCGGCACAGUUCAGCUCAGCUCAGCUAUAGACUUUUCGGCGCUCCCGUCGUACGUACGUACGUACAUCCGCGUCGUCCGACCGACGGUCGUUCGUUCGUCGUUGUAUCGCGCGAUUCGUGCUCAGUCUACGUCCACGUCGUCAUCGUUAUCUUCGUCGCCGCCGUCACCGCUGUCGCCGUCGCCACCGCUGCCGCUGCUGUCGCGGGGCCAAGCAAAUAAUCCGUUGCGAGCGACCGGAUCUCUUGGAAUGCUCUCGGGUUCUUCCUGACGCUGCGUGGCCGUUUAGUCCACACAGAGGGUGUAAUGAGUGACAGGCGCGAUUGAAAGGAACACACACACCCUCCUCCCUCCCGAGGUAGGAAUGUUCUCGUCCUCGUAGGAGAGACGCUCGGCAACUGGAUUUUAGGGGUCAUCAGAGGUGACUGCUGCAUGUCUUCUGGCGCCGAUCCGCGUGCUCGUCCUCGUGGAUCUCUAUGUUUCGGAGAAAUACACGAAAGGAGACGCUGAAAGAAAGACUAAAAACAUGGGAUGCAACGUGGGCCGAUGCCUCGGUCCACGCAAUACGAGGUACCCUGGAUCAGGAUUCAUGGCAGCCAUUAGGAAGAAGUUGGUUAUUGUGGGCGACGGUGCUUGUGGUAAAACAUGUCUACUCAUAGUGUUCAGCAAAGACCAGUUUCCCGAGGUGUACGUACCUACAGUAUUUGAGAACUAUGUCGCCGACAUCGAGGUGGACGGCAAACAGGUGGAACUGGCUCUUUGGGACACAGCUGGACAAGAAGACUAUGAUAGGUUGCGUCCGUUGUCGUAUCCGGACACGGACGUUAUCCUGAUGUGCUUCUCCAUCGAUAGUCCCGAUUCCUUGGAGAACAUUCCCGAGAAGUGGACACCAGAGGUGAAGCACUUCUGCCCGAACGUGCCCAUUAUCCUUGUGGGAAACAAAAAAGACUUGCGCAAUGAUCCUACCACCAUCAAGGAGCUCAGCAAGAUGAAACAGGAGCCGGUCAAGCCCGAGGAGGGUAGGGCCAUGGCCGAGAAAAUCAACGCUUUCGCCUACCUUGAGUGUUCCGCCAAGAGCAAGGAAGGUGUGAGGGAAGUUUUCGAAACGGCAACCCGAGCUGCACUACAAGUAAAGAAGAAGAAGAGGGGAAGAUGUAGGCUUCUUUAAGAUGUUAUGACAAGUGAGCCCAUAACACGGGCAAAAUUAUGAUGGAAUUGCGGAACUAGCUGCAAAGAAGCUAGUCAUAAAUGCCGCAGAUCCCCCGCGUGUAUCGUGUAAUAAUAGUAUAAUAAUCGUGUACCGUAAAAUGUAGAUAGUUGGUAUGACAAUCUUAUUUUUUAUCAUUUAAACUCGAAUUACAAUUCGUUACUGUUAAAAUGACGGAAACCAUGAUAUAACAUCUUUUAAUUAUUUUACAUAAUAAAACAAGUUUACAGGGGCAAAAAAUAAUAAAAAGAGGAUGCAACCACGUCUACAAAUACAUAUAUAAUACUAUAAACUGUCGUCAUUGAAGCAAGCACUCGAGGAAUACUAAAAAUCAAGAAAAAAUACACACUCAGUAUAGUCAUUACAUUACAAUUUUCCGUGUAAUUAUAAUAUAUAUUGUAAUGACUAUAUUGAUUGUGUAUUUUUUCCUAGCUUUUAGUAUUCCUCGAGUCCUUCUUGUUUCAUUGACGACAGUUUAUAACAUUAAUAUGUAUUUUUGCAGAUGCGGUUGCACUUUCUUUUUUUUCCACUAAUCUGUGUUGUAGAUUGUUUUAUUAUGUAAAGUAAAAAUAGAUGUUAUAUCGUGAGUUUCGUCAUUUUAACAAUAAUGAAUUGUACUUCGAAUUUAAAUAUUUAAAAAAAAGGCUGUCACACCAAUUAUUUACAUCUUACGAUACACGAUUAUCUUUAUCAUUGUAGUAAUUAAUUAUUACUAUUAUUAUUAUUAUUAUCUCAUUAUUAAUAUAAUUAUUAAUAUUAUAAUUAUUGUAUGCAUUCUAUCUUUGUUUUUUUUAAUCGUAGUGUCUUUAUUUUGGUAAUAAACAAAAUGACAGCAAAA